AUGAGAGACCGAUUUGGGCCUGCUAGGAAACCACAUCUCACCACUCGAGAAGGUUGUAAGGCAAUGAUGCUUGUAAAGGUUGAUAAGUCUAGUAGUUGGGUUCUAACAAGAUUUAUAAAGGAGCAUACUCAUCCAUUGGUCGUUUAUGGUUGUCCUUCCCGCAAUACAAUGGAUCCGAAGGACAGGAGAAUACAAGUACUGACAAUGGAAUUGGAGCGUCAGGAUAAAAUAUGUGACCUUUAUCAAGAGCAGCUAAUUACAUUUUUGAGAAACGUAGUUGAGCAAACUGAGCUUCUAUCGACCAAAAUACAAGAUGUUGUUAACAAUGUAAGAGACUUCGAAACAGGAGUACAAAAGUCGUCAAACCAUCAAUAG